AUGGAUAUCGUCGAUCGUGAUGUGGAGCGGGCUGAAGUCCAGGCGACGCGGACCUGGUCACAAGAGAGCAAAGAACGCCGUUCUCUUCGCAGCCAGAGAUCCAGAGACUCCACAUCUUCCGGGUCCAGCAGGUCAACAUCUUCUAGUGCACCUUCAAUGCGUAGAAUCGCUACGGCUAGAGCCUCUAAUGCUGAACUGGGGGCUGCCCGGACAAGAACUCAUCCGAUCGAAGACCUCCGAACCGAGACACAUCGCCUGCAGCAGAGCCAGACAGUUGGAGCGAGCGUCAAAUCACGGGUUGAUUCAAGGCCCCUUCCAGAGUUUGGAGGAGGGAAGCCGUAUCCUCCGCAAUUACCUGCGCAGGAAGAGUAUGUGGUGGAAUUUGAUGGCAUGGAUGAUCCGCUCCAUCCACAAAAUUGGCCUUUUCCGAGAAAAUUAUACAUCGGUGCCAUGCUCGCCUAUACCUGCUUGUGCAGUACAUUCACAUCCUCCAUCUUUUCGGCAUCGACUGGCACGGUUGCCUCGGUCUUUGGCGUCAGUGUGGAAGUCUCCACCCUGAGCACGUCUCUGUACGUCCUGGGAUAUGCUUUUGGACCGCUUAUUUGGGGACCUUUCUCCGAAUUACAGGGUCGAAAACUCCCAAUUUUGGUCGGCCUGUUCGGCUUCUCAGUCUUUUGUUUCGGUUGCGCCGCAGCAAAGGACUUGCAAACCGUGAUGCUCUGUCGAUUCUUUACCGGCUUCUUUGGUUCUUGUCCGCUGGCGGUUGUGGCUGCCGUAUUCGCUGAUAUGUUCGACAACACCCAGAGAGGACCUGCCGUCGUGAUUUUCUCUUCCAUGGUCUUCAUGGGGCCUAUGCUCGGACCCUUCAUUGGUGGAUUUAUUGAUACCUCGUCCUUGGGAUGGCGCUGGAACGUGUACCUUCCCGGGAUCAUGGGCUCCCUGGCAGUGGUCCUCAAUCUCUUCUUCCUCCAAGAGUCCUAUGCGCCGGUCGUUUUGGUCGGCAAGGCCUCUGAAUUACGACGACGAACUAAGAAUUGGGGCAUUCACGCCAAGCAAGAGGAAGUGGAGGUCGAUUUCCAGGAGCUGAUUGCUAAGAACUUCUCUCGCCCCAUCCGAUUGUUGGUCUCCGAGCCCAUUAUUUUGGCCAUUACCUGCUACAUGUCUUUCAUCUACGGCCUUUUGUACCUUUUCUUGACAGCCUACCCUCUUGUCUUCGAGGGAGUUCAUCAAAUGAAACCCGGUGUGGCCGGACUGCCUUUCUUCGGAAUGGUGGUGGGGAUAUUCAUUGUCGCCGGCUACAUCAUCUACGACGCGAAGAAUUACAACAAGAAGCUGGCGGCCAAUGAUGGCAUUCCCGUCCCCGAGUGGCGUCUACCACCGGUCAUGAUUGGAGGCACUUUAUUUGCUAUCGGUCUCUUUUGGUUCGGCUGGACCGGCUACAAAAGAUCCAUUCCUUGGAUUGUACCGACUUUGUCCGGAUUGUUCACCGGUUUCGGCCUUUUGGCCAUUUUUAUCCAAUGUUUCAAUUACCUCAUCGAUUCGUAUCUCAUGUUCGCUGCCUCGGCCAUUGCAGCAAACACAUUUCUCCGUUCAGUGGCCGCGGCCGGCUUUCCAUUAUUUGCGCGUCAAAUGUUUGACGGCAUGGGCAUUGAAUGGGCCGGAACUCUACUAGGUUGCGUUGCCCUGUGUCUCGUACCGAUUCCAGUCGUCUUUUACCUAUACGGCAAGAAGCUACGACGGAAAUCGAAAUUCGCUCCCACCAUGGCGAUCAAGAGACCUGUGGACGAAGAAGACAGCGGGGAAGAUGAUGAAAUGCAGAUGGCCGCGCUGUAUGCUACGAGGAGCAGAACUCAUCAUGAUCUUGAGUCGGUAAGGUCCCGAGCCCGAUCCAAGACUAAUGGCUCUUUGGGGGUUACUGGCGGCGACGUUACAAACCAGGAUCAGGAGAAGAGGAGAUGA